GCCAGCAGCGAGCACACACACAAUAUGUGGUGGCUCGCGAAAACGGGAGGCAGGAGCCUGGCGGGCAGCCCGCGCCGGUAACCGGCCCCAUGUGAGACGGGAGCUCGCCUUUCGCCGCCCGGAGACGAUCGGCCGCCCAGCGCGAUGUCUUUCCGAGAGACCAAGGCGGGGGAAAAAGCCAAGCACCCUGAAGAUCAUGGCAAAAAGCAGAGUUCAAGUUGGAUCAACGGAAUGGAGAACAGCACGCAAGCCAGCACUUCUGUCGAGAAAAGAAAUCACCAUUGGAGAAGUUACAAGUUGAUUAUUGACCCGGCUCUGAAAAAAGGACAGCACAAACUCUACCGUUACGAUGGGCAACAUUUCAGCAUGCCUAACUCGGGGAUCGCUCCUGUGGAUUGUGUCAGGGAUCCCAGAAUAGGGCGAAUAUGGACCAAAACUAAGGAGUUGGAGCUGUCUGUCCCCAAAUUCAAGAUUGAUGAAUUUUACGUGGGGCCAGUGCCUCCCAAGCAGGUCACCUUUGCCAAGCUGAACGACAACAUCCGUGAAAACUUUUUGGCCGACAUGUGCAAGAAAUAUGGUGAAGUGGAAGAGGUGGAGAUUCUCUACAACCCCAAGAACAAGAAGCACCUGGGCAUUGCCAAAGUCAUCUUUGCCACUGUCAAGGGUGCCCGGGAGGCUGUGCAGCACCUUCACAACACUUCUGUCAUGGGCAACAUCAUCCACGUGGAGCUGGAUACAAAAGGUGAAACCCGCAUGAGAUUCUAUGAACUGCUGGUUAAUGGUCUUUACACUCCUCAGACCCUCCCUGUAGGCACUGAACAGGACGUGUCCCCAACUGGGAACGAAGCUCUCCAGCUGACGGACUCCCUGAAGCGCCUGAAGGACAGCUCCCUCUCCUCGGCGGGAUCCUCCGUCACCCCGAACAGCAGCACGCCCUUUUCCCAUGACACUGCCUAUUCCAGCUGCCGGCAGGACACCCCAAACUCCUACAGCCAAUUCACCCCCCAGUCGCAAGGAACGCCCCACACCCCGCGCCUGGGGACGCCCUUCUCCCAGGACUCCACCUACUCCAGCCGACAGACGACCCCUGUGUACCACUUUGGGCAGGACAGCGGCUACAAACCCCGGAGGCACGAGGCGAAGUUCACGGACGCGUACAACCGGCGCCCCGGGCACCACUACAUGCACAACUCGGCAGGGGUGUUCCGAGGCACAGAGCAUCAGUUCAGUACCUUCAAAUCCCAUCAGCAGGAGCCUGUCCAGUUCUCUCACACUCCUCCCCUGAGCCACUCUAGUUCUUCGAGCUAUAAAUCUGCCUUUUCCCCCUAUCAAGCACCAGCUGUUUUUCCCCAGUCCGAGGAGCAGCAGCCGUUUCCCCCGGCUUCCAGGGAGACAGAGUACAGGAGACCUGCACCACCUCCCACAGACAUGGUGGUGGAAAGCAGCGCUGCCCCCAGCAUCGAUUUUGUCCCAGUGAAGGAGAAACCGGAGGAGCCUCCGCCCUUGCCCGACUCGAACUCUGUUCCUGAACCAAGCACAGCGUCCUUCUCUCAGACUCCAGAGAGGAGCGAGACUCCUGGCACCCCCACCAUGGAGACUGAGAUGCAGCAUAACAGUUUAGACUCAAGGAUUGAGAUGCUCUUAAAAGAGCAGAGAACAAAAUUACCCUUUCUUAACGAGCAUGACUCAGAUAAUGAGAUCAGAAUGGAAGGUAGCCCUAUUUCCUCCUCUUCUUCCCAGCUCUCCCCCAUCCCAACGUACGGUUCGAACUCUCAGCCCGGUUUCAGGGGUCAGACGCCUUCCUCGCGCCCUUCCAGCACAGGCCUGGAGGACAUCAGCCCCACACCCUUACCUGAUUCUGAUGAUGAUGAGCCCAUCCCUGGGACAGCUUCUCUGAGUCAGAAUUCCCGGGGGACAUCAGAGGCCAGCAUGACUCCCAUUGAUCAGCUGAGCAGGACCUCCAAAACUGAGACCUCGGAGGCUAAAGAAAUGGUGCCUGGUGACCAGACUCCAACGUCAGAAAAAAUGGAUGAGGGUCAGCAUUCCUCAGGGGAGGACAUGGAAAUCUCUGACGACGAGACCAACCCUGCGCCCAUCACCAGCGCGGAAUGUGCCAAAACCAUUGUGGUGAACUCCUCCGUCAGCAACACGGCCGUGAUGGCCCCGUCCAUCCCCCCGCUGCCACCACCGGGAUUCCCUCCUCUUCCUCCUCCUCCUCCUCCUCAGCCGGGCUUCCCCAUGCCGCCUCCGCUGCCCCCGCCCCCGCCCCCCACGCACCCUGCGGUCACGGUGCCCCCGCCGCCGCUGCCCGCCCCGCCCGGGGUGCCCCCGCCCCACAUCCUGCCCCCGCUGCCCCCCUUCCACCCCGGCAUGUUCCCGGUCAUGCAGGUGGACAUGAUCAGCGUCCUGGGCAACCAGUGGGGCGGCAUGCCCAUGUCCUUCCAGAUGCAAACGCAGAUGCUGAGCCGCAUGAUGCAGGCGCAGAACACGUACCAGUACCCGCCCUUCAUGGCGGGCCGCAUGCAGUUCGUGAACCUCCCUCCCUACCGGCCCUUCUCCAUGGGAGCCGCCCUCGCCCGCGGGCAGCAGUGGCCGCCUCUGCCCAAGUUCGACCCCUCCGUUCCUCCCCCGGGCUACGAGCCCAAGAAGGAAGAUCCCCACAAGGCCACGGUGGAUGGAGUCCUCCUGGUCAUAGUGAAGGAACUCAAGGCCAUCAUGAAAAGGGACCUGAAUCGCAAGAUGGUCGAAGUGGUGGCGUUCCGGGCGUUUGAUGACUGGUGGGACAAGAAGGAACGUCUGGCAAAGGCAUCUCUCACUCCAGUGAAGUCUGGAGGAGAAGUGGAGGAAAAACCAAAGCCAAAGGAUCGAAUGGCCUCUUGUCUGCUGGAGAACUGGAACAAGGGAGAAGGGCUGGGCUACGAGGCCAUCGGCCUUGGCAUCGGCCUGCGGGGCGCCAUCCGCCUGCCAUCCUUCAAGGUGAAAAGAAAGGAGCCACCUGAAGCUGCCUCAGCGGGAGAUCAGAAGAGAAUCCGGCCUUCUACUUCUGUGGAUGAUGAAGAUGAAGAGUCAGAGAGGGACAGGGAUGCUUCUGAUACAACAUCUGACCUGUCAAAGAAGGACGCAGAGGCUGUGGGGCUGCGGCGGCGCCCAGCGAGGCCAUUGGAGCUGGACAGCGAGGGAGAGGAGGGAGAUGAGACAUCAGGGAAAGAGGAAGAGUCCUCCUCAGAGAAGGAAGAGGAGCAGGAGGAAGAGGGAGGCUUGGUGAAAGCAGCACCUGGCAAGGAGGAAGAGGAGGAGGAGGAUGAUGAAGAUGAUGAGGAUGAAGAUGAUGACGAAGACGAGGAUGAAGAUGAUGAGGAGGAGACAGGCAUAGACACAAGUGACAAGGAGGAGGAGCAGGACUCUGAGGAGGAUGUAGCAAGUCCCUCGUCUUCCAAGGCUGAAGCUGAAUCAUCUGAUGAGAGUGAGGACUCCUCUGAAUUCGAGUCCAGUUCAGACUCGGAUGAUGAAGAUGAGGAGGAUGAUGAUGAUGAUGAAGAGGAGGAGGAAGAGGAGGAGGAAGAGGUGGCUGAAGAUCAAGGCAGAGAAGCCAUGAUUGCUGAGCCAGAGCCUGAAUCUGCUUGUCAUGAGCUUCCUGAUGAUGAGAGGGAGACUAUUUUGGACCUGUAUCCUGUGGAUGACUACAUGGAUGCCACAGGCUUGGGACUUGCUGAGCCAGCUUUGGCAGUGAAAGAUGAAGGCAGUGAAGAAAUCAAGGCAGGGGAUAGUGAGUGUGGCCAAGUCCUGGGGGCUCCUGUUGCUGCUGAAACUCUGAAACAUUUGGUUAUGGAAAGAGACCAGGAGACAAAGCUUGCACUCUCUCCCAUCUGUAGGCCAGAGGAAGAGUCCGAACCCACUCCCAUGCUGGAGCCAGAGGUACAGGAAGGUCCAAAGCCUGAAUCUCAAGAUGAGGAGGCGUCUCUCUGUAUCUCUGCUCCAGGAGGAGUCUUUGGGGAACCUCUGCCCAGCAAAAGCAGCUUCUUUGGCAAGUCUGAGGAGAGCAGCUUGGAAGGCCGGGUCAAAGCGGAGGAGGAGGAGCGGCUGCCGCGCACGCCGGGGCGGGAGGUGCUGAUCCACCCGGACACUGAGACUGUCCUGCUGCCAGCCCACAAGGUGCCAUCCUCCAUGCUUCCCUUGCCAACCACUCCCGGCAAGGAAGAGCCUUUAGUCCCUCCAGAAAAGUUCUCUGAACAAUUAAUGGUGACCAAAACAUCCGUGGAGGAGGAGAUUCCCAGGACUCCCGGGCGGGACAUUUUGGCCAAGUCUUCACACCCCUUGACGAAGUCGCAGAGCACGGACACUGUUCCAGCCACGCCAGGAAGUGAUGCUCCCCUUACAGGCAGCAGCUUGACCCUCAGUUCCCCUCAAGUCCCAGGGAGCCCCUUUUCCUACCCAUCCCAAUCCCCUGGCAUUAACAGUGGCAUUCCUCGGACUCCUGGGAGAGAUUUCAAUUUCACGCCUACUUUCCCAGAGGCUGGUGCUACCAUUCCUUGCCUUCUGCCUGGCAAGAAGCAGUCAGAGGAUGAGCUAGAAGAGAAAACCUUUAAAGAGCCUCUUGGUGCUUCCCUUACGAUCAGCAUGAACAGUGUUCCUUCCCCUAUCCCCUUUGCCAGCCCCCCACAAGCAGAUUUCCACAUGGACAUGGCUUUGCCACCUGAUGAGCCAAUACCUGUAGCAGCCCUGCCGUGCGUGCACGGAGAUGGAAGAAUGCCCAUCGAGGAAUGCAAGGCAGAAGUAAAACCUGUUUUGCUCUCCCCAGAAGUACCCCCUGGGGCUUCUAUCCUUCCUCCCCCACCACCACCUUCUGUUCUUCCCAAAAGGAGGCCGGGUCGGCCGAGGCGGUCCCCACCUUCUGUCCUGUCUCUGGAUGUGUACUCGGGCAAAACCAUAGAACCUCCUCCCAUGCCAGUGGCCUUGGUGGAAGGUGCCGUGGGCAAAGAGCUGCUGAGCGGACAUCCUGAUGCCUACUACGGACUGAAAGACCCUGAAGCCGUCACCCUGGACUUCAGGAAUGACGGUUUCCACGAGAAAAUAGCAGCUGAGACAGUUGCAGAGAAGCUGCCAUUCAAGGAACUGGAGAACCAGUGGAACGAAGACUUCAAGGAGGAGGAGGCUCACGCCAAGCCCAAGCGCCAGUGGCGGAGGCAGAGGAAAUCCGAGGAGCUGCCGGUGAUCCCUUCCCCCGAGUACUCCCCGCCCCAGCCGCAGUUCCGGCCGCGCUCCGAGUUCGAGGAGAUGACGAUUCUGUACGACAUCUGGAACGGGGGCAUCGACGAGGAGGACAUCAAGUUCAUGUGCAUCACCUACGACCGCUUGUUGCAGCAGGACAACGGUAUGGACUGGCUCAAUGACACCCUCUGGGUUUUCCAUCCUUCCACCAGCUUUUCCACCCCCAAGAAGAAGAAGCGGGAUGACGGCAUGCGGGAGCACGUCACGGGCUGCGCGCGAAGCGAGGGCUAUUACAAAAUUGAUAAGAAGGACAAACUCAAAUACCUCAACAAUAGCCGAGCUUUUGCAGAGGAGCCUCCAGCUGACACCCAGGGUAUGAGCAUCCCUGCCCAACCUCACGCUUCCACCCGGGCUGGUUCCGAGAGGCGAUCAGAGCAGCGCAGGCUCCUCUCCUCCUUCACUGGUAGCUGUGACAGUGACCUGCUCAAGUUCAACCAGCUCAAGUUCCGGAAGAAAAAACUAAAAUUCUGCAAGAGCCACAUUCACGACUGGGGCCUUUUUGCUAUGGAGCCCAUUGCAGCUGAUGAGAUGGUGAUAGAGUACGUGGGGCAGAACAUCAGGCAGGUCAUUGCUGACAUGCGUGAGAAGCGAUACGAGGACGAGGGCAUCGGCAGCAGUUACAUGUUCAGAGUCGACCACGACACCAUCAUCGAUGCCACCAAGUGUGGGAACUUUGCCAGGUUCAUCAAUCACAGCUGCAAUCCAAAUUGUUAUGCUAAAGUGAUCACGGUGGAGUCUCAAAAGAAGAUCGUUAUCUACUCCAAGCAGCACAUCAAUGUGAACGAGGAAAUUACCUACGACUACAAGUUUCCAAUUGAGGAUGUAAAGAUCCCGUGUCUCUGUGGCUCUGAGAACUGCAGGGGAACCCUGAACUGAACUCGAGGUUUCUCGUCACACUUGCACCUUCGGCCAUGUCAAAACUGUGGUAACCAGGUGUGGUUGCACUUUGCCAAAAAAAGAGGAAAAAAAAACCUACAGAAAAAAAAAGGAAGAAAAAAAUUUAAAAGCAAAAAAAUACUUACCAAAAAAAAAAAAAAAAAAGAGGAAAAAGAGAAGAAAACCAAGCAAGUUUCGCACUUCUGCCAGGAUCCUGAGUGAAAGCAAAAAGCGCACACGCUUACGAGGACUGUUCAUGUUUCAGGUGCUUUUUCCUUUUCAGAUCCAACACGCACACAAAAAGGUGGCUACCUUUUGUGGCAUGGUCUAUCCAAACACUAGCUUCUCUGUUCAGUCCCUGAAGUAAUGCUCCAUAAUGGGAUAAUGGUACCUUUUUUUUUUUAAUUGUUCCUAUAAGCCUUCAUUGUUUCAUAAAUGCUGCUACCUUUUUCUCAUCAGUUUUCGUUGGUUGAAAAAGACAUUCAACGUUUAAAUGUGAAGCAGAGACUGAAAAUGCCAUAUAGGGUUUGUUGGGAGCUUGAGUGGCUGAAAUUGCACAGAUUUCUCAGAGUAAGCUGUAAAUAAAUGUAAGGUUGAUGUUACAGAGCAAGCCAGAGGCUUGGGGGUGUGUGAGUGAGUGAGUGAGUGCUUAGGGGUGUGUGUGUGUGUGUGAUGUGUCCACAGUGGGACUAGAGCUGAGCUGUCCUGCCUUUUCCCUAGGGAUGAGCCUGAACAAGGCCCCUCAGCCAGACCCCAGGGCAGGGUCAGGUCAGCCAGAGCUCAGCUCCCCUCCUUGGGCUCCCCUCUCAUUUUCCAUGCCAUGCUGGUCCAUGGGGGAUCAAAACCUCUGCAGCUGCACGUGAGAAACCCUUGGGUACUUCAGUCACUAGGGAGAGGUGGGGUCAUUUGUGGCCUUUGGGGAUGCCCAUUCCUUGGGGAUGGGCUUGUCUUGCUUGCAGGAGAGGCUGACUUUGAGUGGAGAGCUCAGCCCCUGUUGAUGCUGUAGAAAUCCUGCCCUGCUUGCAAGCAAAGACUACAGCCCACGUUUGUAGCAGGACUUUGUUCCUGUGGGUGGGAAUCAGGCUGAUGUGUGACUUGUAUUCAUUUUUUCUCACUUUCAUCUGCAUUUCCCUGCCCUUCCAGUGUUUUACAGGGAGUAUUUGCUCUGUCCUUGGAUGUGGGAGAUGCCUCCUGUGAUAGGAGCAGGCUGUGCCCUGCUGCUCUCCUCCCUCUGUUACUCAGUAACUUGGCCAGGGGUGGUCCUGUCCCUCCAGAAAAUCAUGGUAGAAAUGUCCCUGAAAGCAAUUCUGUCCCCCCCAUCUAUAGCAUGCAAAUGAAUUGCUUCUCUACCUUUGGAAGGCAUGUUUUAAAAUGAUUUCUUAAUAUAUUUUGUCCUUGUAGAUGUGCUGAGGUGAAGGUUGCAGGUCUUCAAGAGGUUCCAUUUAAAAAUGGGACCAAACACCAAAAAAAGAAUUGUUUGGAUGAGAUCUGGAAAUGUUACACCAGCAUUCAGGUAUAGACAGGAUCAGUUUGCAUUGAUUCAAUUUGCAUUGAAUGUCUCCUGCUUUAAAAGUAGAGAUUAGUUGUACUAAACCCCUUUUAAUUGGCUUGUAAGGGGAAGCUGCAAUGUCAUUCUGAAAUGGAAGAUUAUCUGCAUAACUAAACACCUUCUCCCCACAGAGCAAAUUGCACAGCUGCAUUCUUGUGUUCUUUCCAAACCCCCCUCAGAGGUGACAACCUUGCAAAAGAGGUUCCUGGAAGUUUUUUCAGCUGUUCCAUGGAAUUGCCAGGCCUGCACUGCAGUGUGGAGUUUGUGAUGUAGGUUAGACCUCUGCUCUGUAUUUCUGCUCCAGACAAAAGGGCUGAGGGAGCAGGAGCACACAGAGGGCUGCAAGCUGCCUUAACACCACCUGUGUUCCUGCCUGAGGGCAAGCAAAUUGGCUCUGAGACUGGACAGCCCAUGGUCCAUCUCUGCUUUUCUUUCAGUUCUGUUUUGUUUCUCCUCUUCCUUCCUAAAUCUCUCCAGCUCCUGGGUGUUGGUGACCCAGAACCUAAAAUCAUGAGAAGCACAAGUUUCUGUCUCUGAAUGUUGGUUGGAACUGCAGUGAUGGCAUUUGGGAGUCAAGCCAGCUGCUCAGUUUAGUUUGGUUUUUUUUGAGUGAGAUUCAGUGUGUUGGUUGGCAUCUCCACAGCUUGGCCUUUGACUGGCAAGGCUUUGGAAAUGCACAGAAGUUUCCUGUGUGUCAGAACUGAAGCCCCUGUCCUUGGCCUUCUCCCUUUCUGCUCCAUCAAUCCAGUACAUCAGUAGUGGAUUUGUGGGGGUGAGGACACCCCAGCUGGGCCAGCCCUGUGUUCCCAGCACAUCUCUGUGCCCUGGCUGGGAGCAGCCCCUGCAGUUUGCCUUAAUCCUUGGGGAGGAAGGUCCCUGUCACCUUCAGGUCCUGUGUUUUAGGAGCACCAGAGGGAUUUGGGUGCCAAAGACCAUGAGCACCUAAAUCACUUGGGUACUUCUGAAUCUGCCUGUAAUUCAUCCCCUUUUAGGAUCCCAGACAAAUAAUGUGAGUUUUUAGAAGAGCUGAUCUCCCAGCACUUCCCCAGGAAGGAACAGAGCUGUUGAAGCCACAGCACUUCUGAAAAAUCAUGUCUGGUCUCAAAGCCAAACCUGACAAUUCUCUUUUUCCCCAUAAAUCUUGGCUUGCUGAGUCCUCCCUGGGAGAUUUUUGUCUUGGACUGAGAAGCUUCCUGACCUCCAAACAAAUCAUUUUAUGGUGAGAACUCCCUGGCCUGGUGCAGUGAUUUCCAUGGGUGCCCUGUCCCUGCCAGGGGAGCCCUGCAGCCACAGAUGGGUGGGAGAGGCCUCAGAUCCUUUGCCCUGUGCUUGGUAGGGCUGGGAUGAGAGCAGGGCAGGAGCUGUGGUCGCUGUGGUUCCAUUCAGCACAGGCUCCCUGGGAACAGUGACAGGGACAAGGGAGCCUCAGCAGCACGUGCUGCUUACAGGGACUCUGCUUUUCUCCACUGAAAAACCCAUCCCCACAUUUAUUGUCACUUCAAUUUGAGCCCAAGACAAAAAAAGGAGAGACAUUGACAGUGCUCUCUGCAAAAUUCCAUCUCCCUGGGAGAAAUGACCCAAGAAAAAAGAGCAAAAGGAUGGAAAUAGAAUUUAAUUGGUUUGCAGCUGUGGGAGUGGAGGUGCCUCUGUGCUGGCAGCCACAGGAGCUGGGGGGCUGGAGGGCAUGGGGCUCAUCCUGCAGUUAUUUAUAUUGUACAGAGCAGCUUAUUUCUACAAGGACAGAAAAAACAACCAUCAUUUUAAAACCCCAACAAAUACAGUAGUUUCAGUUCUGGUUUUUGUGACCUUUUUCAGGGAUCAUUUCAGUGCAUUUCUGUACAAAAUAAAAAUUUAAGGAAAAAAAAGGAUUUUGAAGUAUAAAAAAUGCAUUUUCUGUACAUAGGCGAACUCAAGAAUCUUCUCUUCGAACACUGUUUCUUGUAGAAACAUGUUGAAAUUUUUUUGCUGAUUUCUUUGUACUUCAAGAGCAUGUAAAUAGUUUAUUAAAAGUGACUAUUGUAAUUUGGAGUUCUUUUUAAACAGAUUCCAGCUCUAAAUCAUGUCAAGAUGGGGAGGAAGAAGGACUGAGUAUAGCAAAGGAGCUGGUGGCAUUUACAGCUUGUGUCAAGCUUUGUAUAAUGUAAAUUCUGUAUAAAUAUGGGGUUUUUUUGUCAAAUAAAUAGAUGCAAUUAGAAGCAUUAAGAAACUGAAGACAAAAAAUUGCCAAGUCAAGGCUUCUUCUUUCCCCCCUCCCUCAGUCUGAAACCUUAUGUGCAAAAUCUAUUUAUUUCAAGCAAGGAAAUGUGUACAGUCUAAUAGACACCCUAAAAUGUAUUUAAGCAAAUUAGCAACUGGAUUUUUUCAGUUUAAUAUUUGUUUUGUUUUUAUGAGUUUCCUCAGUUGCCACUGUAGGAUUUGUCCAAGUGCAAACACAUCAAGAAGGACACUCUAAAACAAUGGGGCAGUUUUGAAGCAAAGUGGAACACCCAGCUCCCAAUUCUUGCAGUUUUCUGGUUUUAAUUCCCAGCGUGGUAAUCAAGGGCCUCCUUUAAAAGUAGGCAGGUCAAAUUGUUUGCAAUAAAUUUAAUUUUUUUUUUCUAAAGUUCCUUUAAAAAAACAACUCUGCUUUGAAGAUUUAGAAUUUCUGCUUUUUCUUUGGUUAAGCAAAUUUAUAAAUUUAGGGAUGUUUUGUGCAUAUAGAAUCUGUCACCAGUAUGUAUCUUGUUUUGAAGAAAGUGUUUUUGUUGUGGAUGUGUCAUGCUGUAUAUAUUUGUUCAUAUUUUUGUGAAUUGAAUACUAUGUACCAUUGUAUUAUAGUAACUUUUAUAAAGCAAACCAUAAAUAUACUGACUUUUCUUACAGAAAAA